AGAUUUCCUUAUUAUUGCUAAAAAUAUAAAUAUAGAGAGCUCUCAGCCCCGCUCCCAGCCACAGCCUCCCGCGUGCCUCGCUCAGCUCCAACAUGGCAGAAAUCUCCAGCCCUACAGAGACUGAGCAGUGCGUCGAGUCCCUGAUUGCUGUUUUCCAGAAGUAUGCUGGAAAAGCUGGUUAUAACUAUACUCUCUCCAAGACGGAGUUCCUGAGCUUCAUGAAUACAGAACUGGCUGCCUUCACAAAGAACCAGAAGAACCCCGGUGUCCUUGACCGCACGAUGAAGAAACUGGACACCAACAGUGAUGGGCAGCUAGAUUUCUCAGAAUUUCUUAAUCUGAUUGGUGGCCUACCUAUGGCUUGUCAUGACUCCUUCCUCAAGGCUGUCCCUUCCCAGAAGCGGACCUGAGGACCCCUUAGGCCUGGCCUUCAAAUCCACCCCAUUUCCUUCCAGCCUUUCUGUCAUCAUCUCCACAGCCCACACAUAACCCCUUGAGC